UGCGGGAGGGGUCGGCGGCUUCUGGGCAGCUCUGUCGACCGGGGGGCCGCGGACAGCGCCUGGCGGGGGCGCGCAGAGGCGAGAGCGAGGCCGGUGACCCCGGGAGCGGCAGCCGUACGAGAGUCUGAAAUAGCGAGCGCCGCUUCGUCUCCCACCAAGAUCGGCCCUCCCGCCGCUGCCGCCAUGACCGCGCCGCCGCCCUUCCCGAGGCGCUGCCCGCGCCGCUUGGCCCGGCUGCUGGGGGGGCUGCUGGGCUGCCUGGCCGUCCUUUCGGCACUCACCUUCCUGGCGGGUGGCGGCCACGAGGAGCUGCUCUCGCGCUCGCUGCCUCUCCUGCUACGGGCCGGGGCCGCGGGGCAGCCCCGCGCGUCCGCCGCCCUGCCGCCGCUGCCCGCAGCCGCCUUCUUCCCGCUGUCCCCGCCGGCCUGCGCCCCGGCCGCCGCCGCCGCCCCGGGGCUGCUGGUGCUGGUGGCCAGCGCUCCCGGGCACUUGGCGCGGCGGGCGGCGGUGCGGCGCAGCUGGGGGGCGCCGCGGGCGGCGGGCGGCCUGGCGGUGCGCACCGUCUUCGCGCUGGGGCUGCCCGGGGAGGCGGCGCUGCAGGCGGCGCUGGAGCGCGAGGCAGCCGAGCACGGGGACCUGCUGCAGGGACGGUUCGCCGACACCUACGCCAACCUGACGCUGAAGACGCUGGCGCUGCUGGGCUGGGCCGCCGCCCGCUGCCCUGCCGCCCGCUUCCUGCUCAAGGCCGACGACGACGUCUUCCUCAACCUGCCGGCCCUGGCGAGCCACCUGCGGACGCUGGACGGCCCGGCCGCCGCCUACCUGGGCCGCGUCCACUGGCGCGUGGCGCCCACCCGCGACCCCCGCAGCCGCCACUACGUGCCCGCCUCGCUCUACCCGGCGCCCGCCUUCCCGCCCUACUGCAGCGGCACCGCCUACGUGCUCUCCGGCCCGGCCGCCGCCGCCGUGCUCGCCGCCGCCCGCCAGCUGCCGCUGCUCCCCGUGGAGGAUGCCUUCGUGGGGCUGUGCGCCCGCCGCGCCGGCAUAGCCCCGCGCCACCUGGCCCGCAUGGCCGGCUCCACCCGCUACCCGCCCGACGCCUGCUGCUACCGGGAGGUGCUCUUCAGCACGCACGGUGUGUCGCCCGCCCGCAUGUUGGCCAUGGGGGCCGAGGACGAGCGGCCCUGCUCCGCCUGGCAGCGUCUCCUGGGCCUGGCCCGCUGCAAGGCGUUGACCUGGCUGACAGCGGAGGAGGAGGAGGGGGGCCCCUGAGCCUUGGAGGGGCAGGAGAGCGCUGGGAGCUCCACCUGGAAGGACCGACUGCAGAGGGAGGUGAAAGGGGCUUCGCGCGGACAGGGCGCCAGGGCUCCCAGUCAGUCUUUUGGGGAGCCUAUUUCAUGCUGAGCGGCCUGCCACCUCAUCAUCUGGCAACUGACUCAAAAGUGGACUUUUCGGCCAAGCAGGGAGAAGCUGCCCCAGAGAAGCAGGGGAUGGAAAUCUGAAGGGGCUUUGGACAGCAUGUGGGGCAGGUCACCGUUGGGUGGGAGAAUCUGCCUUGCCAAGACAGGAAUAUAGAAAUCGAAACAAUAAUAAUAAUAAGGGGCGACUGUGAAAGCAGCAAUUUUGGUCUUAGAGUUCAGGGAUCUGUGGGGCACGGAAGCAGCCUUGCAGUUUCCCAGAUGCUCCUGUGCCUGCGGUGGCGGGCAGGGCGGCUGCAGCCCUUGGGGGAGGGAGGUCCUCUGUGGCAGGAAACCCCCUGCAGGGUCCAAUGCCUGGGAAUAUUUUUGGGGGGAGUGCUUCUUGGGUCCCGCUUCUUUGCCAAUUGUUGAGUGGGAAGCGGGAAAACACCCCCUCCUUCACUGGGCCAGAAAGAUGACACACCUCUAAAAAGUCACAAAGUGUGUAUUUACGCAAAGAUCCAAGUCCAAAUAAAACCCCGGAGGAGUCUCAGGGAAGGUCCAUGGGAGCAGCUGCCCAGAGCCGAUGCCGUCCAGGGCCACCCCCCUGCAUAUGGUG